UUAUAGGUCCCCUUUAACUAAAAGUAGAAAUACUAUGGUCUUAAAAUACGCAAUUACCAGGAAAAGUUCUGAAUUGAAAAUGUUUUUAAGUAGGAGUACACAAGUAUUUUCAGCAAAAUGUAUUUCAGUUUUCAAAGUAGAGGUAAAUAGUAUAGAGAAUAUUACAUUCCACCACUAACGUAACUUAAAUUGGAUGUACGUUGGAUGUAUGUUAUUGAGGUAAGUGCAGGUGUACGGUUUGUUAAAAUAAAGUUUGUGCUUCCUGUAGCGGUGGAGCUGGCUCGCCUCGCCUUCCCUGCUGAGGUGGUGAAACUGGAGGAGAGCUGGGGAGAUUACCUCGUCCAGCAGAAGCAGAUGGACGCCGCCAUCAACCACUUCAUUGAAGCAGGCUGCUCGCUGAAAGCCAUCGAGGCGGCCAUCGCAGCUCGUCAGUGGAAGAAAGCCGUCCACAUCCUGGAGCUACAGGAGGAUCCAUCUGCAGGGAAAUACUACGUGAAGAUCGCUCAGCACUACGCCUCCAUGCAGGAGUAUGAGGUGAGAGGGGAGGGGGGUCAU